ACAGACACGGUGCGUGCUGGAGACCCCCUUCCCCGUCACCGGUGACCCCCUUUCUACCGCUGCUGCCCACACCAUGCAAUAAACAGCCACCCACCCCGGCCACCCUUCACUGCCUGCCCAUGCUACCUGUCUGUGCUAUUAAAGGGCAAAUCCCAUAAACAUGCUGGGCAUGUACGUGCCAGACAGAUUCUCCCUGAAGUCUUCCCACGUACAGGACGGGAUGGGGCUAUACACCAGCAGGAGAGUGACAAAGGGUGAGAAGUUUGGACCAUUUGCCGGGGAAAAGCGAAUCCCGGGUGAGGUGGAUGAAAGCAUGGAUAACAGACUAAUGUGGGAGGUUCGUGGAAACAAAGGAGAAGUACUGUAUGUCUUAGAUGCCACAAAUCCACGCCAUUCCAAUUGGUUACGCUUCGUCCAUGAAGCACCGUCCCAGGAGCAAAAGAACUUGGCAGCUAUCCAGGAAGGAGAGAACAUCUUCUAUUUGGCUAUUGAGGACAUAGACACGGACACUGAACUACUGAUUGGCUACCUGGACAGUGAUAUGGAGGAAGCUGUAGAAGAGAGCAAAGAAAUUGUGACCGUGGCUACCAGAGAAGAUGAAGAAAGCAUUAAAGAGGUUCCACAAUCUGGGGAGAAAGCUGAAACAGAGCACUGUAAAUAUAAAGAUGACCAUGACUGCCCGCUUUGUGAAUCUAGCUUUCCCAGUCAGGAGAUCCUGGCAGAACAUCUUCAAACUUUGCAUCAGAAGCCAAGCGAGGAGAAGGAGUUCAAAUGCAGGACGUGUGGGAAGAAGUUCCCAGUAAAACAGGCUCUCCAACGACAUGUACUUCAGUGCACAGAGAAUAUCAUCUCCGGAGACACUUCAGGGAGUUAUCAGUGUUCCGUUUGCAAUACCUCCUUCGGCUCAGCGUUGAGUUUUGAACAGCACAGAGAGGCUUGCAAAGGAGAUGUAAGAUUUAUAUGCAAGGCUGAUAGUUGUGGGAAAAGAUUCAGAAGCAAAGAUACCCUGAAAAAACACAAGGAAAAUGUGCAUACAGGAAAUUCUAAGAAGAGGCUUAUGUGCACAGUCUGUAACAAGAAAUGCUCCUCAUCAGUCAACCUUCAGGAGCAUCGAAAGGUUCAUGAGGUCUAUGAGUGUCAGGAUUGUGACAAGAAAUUUAUUUCAGCUAACCAGCUUAGACGGCAUAUGAUAACUCAUUCAGAGAAGCGUCCCUACACCUGUGAGGUUUGCUGUAAGUCCUUCAAACGUCUUGAUCAAGUGACCGCACACAAAAUAAUACACAGCGAGGACAAACCUUACCAGUGCAAGCUCUGUGGAAAGGGAUUUGCCCACAGAAACGUUUACAAGAAUCACAAGAAGACACACUCAGAGGAGAGACCAUUCCAAUGUGAGGAAUGCAAGGCAUUGUUCCGCACUCCUUUCUCAUUACAGAGGCACCUGCUAAUACACAACAGUGAACGUACAUUUAAGUGUGAUCACUGUGAUGCUACUUUUAAAAGGAAAGACACAUUAAAUGUUCACAUUCAAGUGGUGCAUGAUGGCCAUAAGAAGUACAAAUGUGACCUGUGUGACAAAGCCUUUGUGACUCCCUCAGUGCUAAAAAGCCAUAAAAAAACUCACACUGGGGAAAAAGAAAAGAUUUGCCCUUAUUGUGGUCAGAAGUUUGCAAGCAAUGGAACACUCAGAGUUCAUAUAAGGAGCCAUACAGGUGAGCGCCCCUACCAGUGUCCUUACUGUGACAAAGCUUUCAGCAAGAAUGACGGCUUGAAGAUGCACAUUCGGACACACACAAGGGAAAAGCCAUACCAGUGUACGGAGUGUAACAAAGCCUUCAGCCAGAAACGGGGCCUAGAUGAGCACAUGCGGACCCAUACCGGAGAGAAACCAUUCCAGUGUGAUGUUUGUGACCUGUCUUUCAGUCUCAAAAAAAUGUUGAUCCGACACAAGCUGACCCACAACCCUAAUCGCCCCAUGGCUGAGUGCCAGCUUUGCCACAAAAAGUUUACAAGAAACGACUACCUCAAGGUGCACAUGGAAAACGUGCAUGGAGAGACUGACAGCUGAUUUGCAGUUGCCACUAGUUACAAAUGGAUUGAGUAUGAUUUGAUUGAUUUAUUCAGAGUAUGCAUUGGUUACGUGGAUGAGACUAACGAGGAUCAUUACAAUGCUAAGAUACACACUUAUGGAUUGGAGAGUAUCGCAUCAUACAUUGCUUAAAAAAUGUAUUUUCAUUGCUACGUUUAUGCACAUGAUAUUGUUAUGUGGGUGGGUGUGAAUAAUGCUUGAAAAAGCUUCAUUUUAUUUUUGGUCUAUAAACCAUUUGUUAGUGAGGAUAUGUCACCCAGCUGUGCCGAAACACGUGAGUAUUCUUAUAGCUUAUAUUGUAAAAGUUGUUGUUUCCAGGUUGCAUUUUCACUCCUGAAAUUACUUUUCUUUGUGCACAAGAAUUAUUUAUGUAAUGAAAUGGCAGAGUAUAUAGAAUACCAUACAUGAAAUUUGUACGCAAAUCCAUUGGUUUAGGGUCUGCCCAUAAGCAGAAUGGGUCCUGCGUGAUCGCUCACAAUCCCUCAUUAGCUACAGCAUGAUUGAGAUGCUGCAGCAUUUGGGGGGUGGUGACCGGGACCGUUCUGCGUAACAGGGGUGUAUCACCGAGCCAGAGGUCUGUGUCAUUGGAAGCAGACUUCCUGGACCUGGCAGAGCGGUUCUUACGUAGAUUGGCCGGGGGGAUCUGAUGCAGCAUCUUUGGACAAAGCAGUUGGAUCACAGAUAUGGGAUCCGGUCAUGUGACCCGCGCUCAGGAUCCUGGCAGUCACCCUGCCGACGCCGGGAUCCCGCCCGCUUACCAGCCCAACAGCCGGCAUGCCGACUGACAGGGACUAUUUCCACUCGUGGGUGUCCACAACACCCAUAGAGUGAGAAUAGAAAAUGUGGCGAGUGCAGCGAGGGGUUUUGUUGCUGGGGUCGGUAUGCUGACCGCUGGGAUCCCCAGUGCCAUUCUCACAGCCCCAACCCACAGAUACUGGUAGGAGGCGUCUAUAUCUUAUAAACGCCUCCUGAAGCAUUAGAGGAUUUGUGGUACAGAACUGGCUGUGCAAUACCAACCACAUCAGAAUCAGGCACAUUGUAUGGUAUAUCGGCUAUAGAAAUGUCAUGGAAACUAGUGAACAGGAGAAAAAGGGAAGAAACUCUUAUGGAGAAAUAUUAAACCACAUAUUGUCAGUUACAUAUUAACAAUGUUUUAGAAAUAGGACCUGGAAAUGUACACUUUUUGGUUUAAGAUACACAUUUCCAUACUGUGAACUUGCAACAAAAAUGCAUUCACAUACAUCUGUGUCUAGAUUUUUGCUUAAGAGUGACAUCCCCUCACAUCCGGAGAAGAAUAAUUGGGAUGAGCAAGUAUAUUGUGAAUACUGUAUAAGGACGUGUUCAUGUACUUAAACAAGGAGGCUUUAUCUCCAUAUGCUUUCUAGGAGAUGUAUUUCUCAUUAGCUGCUAUGGCAUCGAUUCGCCAGCAGCAGCACACCAAUUCGCACCCAUCAUGCCCCAAACUGGCAGAUUCUUUAUGUAUGUAUCCCUAUGGGACUGCAAGCAAAUGUCUGCAAGUUCACGGCUGCCGUGAGAGUGACAUAUGCACACACUUACUCGCAGGGACUGCCCAUAGUAAAAAAGAGUUAUUACAGUAACUAUGAUUAAGCUAGCACAAGCAAUAAAAGUUACUCUAUGAUUUGUUUCUAUGGGUACCACACAUUUGAAUUUUGAAUUGUGUGCCUUAUUCAGAGAUAUACGCAAUCCUGAUAUUUACGAAGCUGAGCAAUUAUUGGCCAUCUGCAUAUGCAUCACAGUCGCAUUGAGGGUCUGAUUCAUGUUUUUAAGUAAAGCAAAUAAAAAAAGCAAGUACUAUAACUUUGUGUCCGGAACAAGCCAUGUUGCCAUGCAAGGGGAGCAAAUACAUUUAUACUUUUUCUGUGCAGAUGACGCAUCUAUCUAUACUAGGCCUAUUUAAAUGAUAGCAGGCUUUGUUUUAAGGGCCAAGUCAGACGGACAUUGUAUGGCACACAGGGAUUAUAUCUGUGUGAUUAUACAGCCUCUGAAAAUCCUAAAAAUGCUUCUGUAAUGAUUAUGGUCCAGAUUCAGACUUGAUCGCUGUGCUGCAAAUUACACUGUCCUGCGAUCAGAUAGUCGUCGCCCAUGGGGAGUGAAAAUUCACCCCGUGCAAGUGUGCAAAUGCAUGUAUACGCUGUGCGAAAAUUCCCCUCAGUCAGCGGACAGCUGCAAAACCAUUCGCAUCACACUCACCAUUAAAUGUUUUUCCCAUUCUGUGCAGUCUGCGCGUAGCUCAAUACUUACUCCUCCAAUGCGAAGACAUCAGACUGAUCAGAGCUGGAGCUGACGUCACACACCUGCCCUAAAAACGCUUUGGCACGCCUGCGUUUUUCCUGACACUCCCAGAAAACAGCCAGUUACCACCCAUAAACGUCCUCUUCCUGUCAAUCACCUUGCGAACUCCCGUGCAAUCGAAAUUUUCGCAUCAUCAUGUCACUGGUGACGCGCGUGCGCAUUUUGGUUCAUACGCAUGCACAGUCAUUCGCUAAACGGCCGCUGUGCGAUUUCGCACAACAGCGAUCAGGUCUGAAUCGGGCCCUUAGAACUCAGAGACAAAAUGCCUGUGUGUCCAGCACCUGUGGUUCCUGUUUCAGUUACAUUAGACAGCUUUUGGUUCUUACCAGAGUGUAUUACCUAUUAUAUUGGUAUCUUGUAGUGAUAGCAGCUACUUAUCACAAAUAUACUUUUUUAUUAAUAUCUCAGUGUAAAACCUCAGUGUUAUGUAGCAACAAUAUGAAUUGGUGCUGCAAAUCAUCUGUUCCCUUGGCCAUAACACAGAUGUUUCACUCGUAUAGUUCAUGUAUGUGAUAGAUGUUUUGCUUCUUUUGUUAUGACACGUCUAAACAUUACAGUAUUCAUGUCAGAGCUUGAAGUGUUAGUGAAGUACUUGCAGCCUGCAUUUGCCACACAAAAAGUCUUACAUAAAUGGUAUAUGUGUGCUUUGUUGUAAGCACCUUGGGGGCAUUAUGAAAAAGCUCAAAAUAAAAUAUGCAAGAAAAGAAAAAAUGUAGAGAAAUGUUUCACAGAGAAAUAAAAUGGUUUACUGUGUAUACCUGGUAGUGCAACAAUCAGCUACAGUACGCUGCAACCUCUUUAAAUUAAAGAAUUGCAUGAUAUACUAUAAGUAUAGGUGUGAUUUUAAGUGCAACAUGUUAUGCCAUAUUGCUUACAAAAAUGUAUGAAUGGUGAGGAAUAGAAUAUCCUACAGCAAGACGUGUUAGAGAGUCAGUGUACAGUAUGAUUUCAUCUGGAACAUUUUGAUUUGUGUUCAAAACAUUUUUAUUGCACUUGAAGCGAUUAAUUUCCAGGGCACACAUGUGUAGUUGGUUUGAGAAAAGAUAUAGAAAAUAGUGCUUCAGGAUUUGGCACAUAUUAUUUAAAUAAUGACAUUUGCCCAUGUGUAAUAUCAUCCUCUAAGACAGUGAUUUUCAACCUUUUUUUACUCGCGGCACACCGAACAAUAUUUUAACAUUGCCAAGGCACAUCAUCAGUUCCCCACAGAGAAAAACAAAACACACACAUUGGCGCUCACAGUAAAAAAAAUAAAAAAAUCCACACAUACAUUGGCCUACACAUAAAAAACAAUCACAUUGCUCCCCACAUAAAUCAUGUUGCUCCCCACAUGAAUUAUUCAAAUUGUUCCCCUCAUAAAUCCUUAUUCUCCCCACAUAAAUUCUAUUGAAAUCCUACUGUUCCCCACAGGAGAAAUAAAAUAACAAAUAUUAUCAGCUGUCCUCCUCCCUGUCCCUCAGUGGACGGGGGUUGUUCAUAGUGGAGUUCUGCGAAUACUGAGCAGCGGGCGGUCGGGCAGGUGUGGAUGUGGGUGGGCAAGGCAAGCUGUGUAUGCAGGCGGGAACUGGAAGAUGUGGGCUGGCUGGGCGGUGUGACGCGGCAGCCGUGACCUAUGAUAUCACAUCUUUUUCAAGGCAUAGGUCAUGGCCGGAGCAUGACUGAUCCUCUAAGAAGAGCCCGGGCCAACAGUUCAUUCUGAAGGUGCAGGAAGCUGCUCUGGCUCCGUGUCACACCUUGCAACUAGAAAAAGCCUGCUCUAAGAGAUUAAACUUUGGGACAGUAUUUGCUAUCAUGAUACUGCCCAGUUUAGACCUGACUGUAAAACUACGUAAAGAGAAAAUUGCGAAGAUUAAGGAGAGGAGCCCCAGUCUAACAUGGGGGGGAUCAGAAGAUACUCUCCAUCAGGAUUUCACCAUCUGGAAAAUGGCUAGCGCUAUCUAAAGAUGGCAUUUGCUAUCAGAGACAAGCAUCAAAAAACAAAGCUUUUCAGAGAUUGUUAAAUAGCACCAUAUAGUUGUCCCCAUAGAGAAAUCUACUUUAGUAAACAGUGCAUGUUUCUUGCUUGGGUUAAACACUAAAGAUAUAGAUUUAGAAAUCGCUAGUUAACAGCAAUCAAGUUAAUAUUCACAAGAUAGAAAACCUAUAAAGCCAAGAUCAUGGGAUGAUUGUUUAUUAAUUGUAAAACUAAUAUAUGUGUCUGGACUGAAAACAGAUACAAGAUUUGGUCAUGGGGGGUGAUUCAGACUGCAUUGCUGCAGCGGCAGUGAUUGCAGUCUGAAUUACUAUGCGCAGGGCGCACUGUGCAUGUGCAGCCACCGGUGCAAUCGCCUUGGCCUGAUUGACAGGCAGAGGCGGGAGGGGGCGUGCCAACGGCGUUAAAACACCGUUGGCAGGGUGCGGUCUGAUCAACGGAGGUGUGUCCGGACCGUUGGGGGGGGUGGGCCGCGGCGGCUGCGUGACAUCACAUGCAGCCUCUGCAACCCAGGACGGGUGGUUAGCCCCCUGCCAGCACAGCAGGGAGCUACUUGUUAGGUGCAAAUGUAUCACCACCGUGCAAUGCUUUUGUACCUGUGCGGUGGAAGGGUAGGGCCUGACAUGCGGGGUGGACUAGCCCUGUGCUGGCCGUCCUCACUCAUGUCUGAGAAAUUGACUGUAGAUGUGCUAAAUUUAGCACAUCUACGAUCAGGUAUGAAUUGCCCCCAUGGUCUCUUAUGUAUAUCAAACUGAUUCUUAAUUAUAUAUUUCUCAAACUCGUUUCCAGCAGUCUCUACUGUAAUUAUACAGCAAGUGAAGUGAUAUUUAUCCCAAAGUUCAUUCAGGAAAACUCUUUUAGUUUCUCCACAACAGGUAUCAUAACUCCUAAGCUAUCCAGGGAACAAUUUUUUGUUUUUGCAACUUAUAGGUUAAAUGUUUCUAUUUUGUAUUCAUCUGUUUAUUCAAUCUAAAGCAUCACUUUAAAUAUACUUUAAGAAAGUACAGGCAUUACACAUGUUGGUAAGUGCUUUUAUAUCUCGCUGUUAAAAUUAUAGCUGUUAGAUUUUUGAAAUUCUGUCCAGCAGGUCAACGUUUUAUUUUAAGAGACAGGCUUUUUUCAGUCCUGCUCAUGUCAACAUGUUCUAUUGGAUAUAAAAUAAAAUAAUGUUGUUUUUUUAAAAAGUUGUUAUUUGAAGUAUUUCAUUUUAAAGGUUUCAGUUUCCAUUCCAUUUAGUGCCUGUAUGAGAUAUCAGGAUCUAAUGCAGAUUUGUACUGUAUGUAAGUCACCCGUAAUU